UUCCCGCCCCGCUCCUCGGAGCUGAUGUCACGCUCCCGCUGAAGGCGCGGGCGAUCAUGGCUGCUGCGGCCGUGCCGCCGGCCUCCAGCUAACGGCCGCGAUGGAGCCGGCCGGCCUGCUGCGGUUCCUGCGGAAGCUCAAGGAGGUUUUCGACGUGUGCGACGAGGAUGCGGACGGCUUCAUCCGGGUGGAGCACUUCGUCGCCCUGGGGCUGCAGUUCGGCCAAGGGGAUGAGGUGGAAAAACUGGCAAAGUACUUGGACCCAAAUGAUUUGGGAAGAAUCAAUUUUAAGGACUUCUGUCAUGGAGUUUUUGCUAUCAAAGGCUGUGAAGAGUUACUGAACGAUGUCCUGUCGCCUGAAAACUCCGGGCCUCAGCACUAUGAGCCACAGUAUGAUGAUUACUAUUACCAGGGUGGUGAAAUCCAGGACUGCACCUACUUGGACACUGAAGGCGUCUACAGCGAGUCGGAGCUCUUCCCUGAUGACGACGCAAUGACUCUAGCACAGCAGGAGGUUCACCAUGAAUCUGACAUGGACAGUGCUAUUGAGAGUGCCCAGAACUCAGAGGCCUCCGACGUGUGUCGGAGUGAGGAGAAGGAUGGCAUGCUUGAUGUCCUCUUUCUGCCGGGUGACAAGGCAAGUCCUCACAACCCUUCUGCAGCAUCUGACCUCUCCACUUAUUCCACCGCCUCUCUGAUCAGUAAUGAAGAGCAGUUUGAAGACUAUGGGGAAGGAGAUGAUGUGGAUUUUACUCCCAGUAGCCCCUGUCCUGAUGAUGAGACCAGAACCAACGCCUACUCUGACCUUGGCUCAUCUGUAUCUUCCAGUGCUGGCCAAACACCCCGAAAAAUGAGGCAUGUUUAUAACAGCGAGUUACUGGAUGUUUACUGCUCACAGUGCUGCAAAAAGAUAAAUCUACUCAACGAUUUGGAAGCCAGGCUGAAAAACUUGAAAGCAAACAGCCCUAACAGGAAAAUAUCAAGCACAGCUUUUGGAAGGCAGCUCUUUCAUAACAGCAACUUCAGUAGUAGUAAUGGCAGCACUGAAGACUUAUUCAGAUACAGCAUUGACUCUUGUGAAAAUGAUCUCUCUGAAAAGGUAACAUACUUAGAAAAAAAGGUUACAGAAUUGGAAAACGAUAACCUGACUAAUGGUGACCUAAAGAGCAAACUGAAACAAGAGAACACGCAGCUAGUUCACAGAGUUCAUGAGCUAGAAGAGCUGUUGAAAGACCAAGAGACAUCAGCAGAACAGACCCUGGAAGAAGAGAUAAAGAGACAUCGAGAAGCUUAUAGCAAGUACGAGAAAGAGAAAGGCACCGAGAUCGAACUGCUAAAUACAAGGGUUCAGCAACUGGAAGAAGAAAAUGGUGAGCUGAAAAGCACUGUCAUGCGACUGAAAUCACAAAUGGAGAGAUCAGAUGAGGAAAGGCAACGCUUGUCAGAUAGGUUGGAGGACACUAGUCUGCGACUGAAGGAUGAGAUCGAUUUGAACAAGAGACUGAUGGACAAACUGCGGCAGAACAGACUGGAAUCUAACAAAGACAGGGAAGCCACACAGGAGCUUAUUGAGGACUUACGGAAGGAACUGGAGUACUUGCAGCUCUACAAGCUGGAAUGCGAGCGUCCUGGACGUGGGAGAAGUUCCUCAUCCAGUGUGAGUGAAUUCAAUGCCAAAACCAGAGAGGUGGAAAUGGAGCAUGAAAUAAAACGGCUGAAGCAGGAGAAUCAGAAACUUCGUGACCAAAAUGAUGAUCUUAAUGGACAGAUUCUUAGUCUGAGUCUCUAUGAAGCUAAAAAUCUCUUUGCAGCACAAACAAAAGCCCAGUCGCUGGCUGCUGAGAUUGACUCUGCAUCAAGAGAUGAGCUCAUGGAAGCCCUUAAAGAACAGGAAGAGAUCAGUUACAGACUGCGACAGUAUAUGGACAAGAUCAUUCUGGCAAUCCUAGAUCACAACCCAUCUAUCUUGGAAAUAAAGAAUUGAAGAGAAUACGAAAAAGAGAAGCAGCAACUGCCUGAUAUUUCUGCACAUGCCACUGGAUCUAAACAACACUCUGAUACUGUAAAUUAAUCUAUAAAUAUAUAUAUACACUACAUGUGAGUGUGGGUGCGCGGGUGUGUUUAUAUGACAUUUGGUACACUGUUAUUUGUCAUUGAAUUGGCUUGGUUAGACUUCCAUGCACUUUCAAUACCUGUGUCAAGAUAGAUACUGUAUAUUAAUGUAAUAACAAUAUAACUGGAUUAUGCUGUUUUAGAUACUGGACAAAAUGACUCUACCUCUAGUUGUAAAGGUGGAAGAAAGACAAUGGAAACACAUGGAUGUGA